UUUAAUUGCAGCAGUUUGAUCAAGCGAUAUAUCAAAUUAUCCGUAUUUUCAUUUGAUUUGUUUCGUCUAUUUUCCUAUCUUGAUUAACUACAACAGAGGGACAUAAUGCAGGAAUCACUCGUUUCAGCUGCCGCGAUAUCCUUAACCAAGACUAUCAGCUGGAUCUGGCAACCAUGCAUCCGGCUGUAGCGAGUGUCAGGUGUCUUGCAGUUUCGUCAAAACUUCACGGACGUGUGUACAGUUAGCUGCGAAGAUGGAAAGGACUCCGUUCAGUCGAAAGUCGUGGGUGACGCAGUCAGUGCGUGUCACCGCAAAGGAGUUGUCCCUGGUCGGCGGGCCAGGAAGAAGUAAUGCCAUUGCUGAGCGCUUCUCCAAGUAUCAGAAAGCUGCAGAGGAGAUAAAUACAAAUAAAAGGAAAGGAGGAUUUGACGGCGCAUCGACCUCCCAGCGCACCAGCAACCUUAGUGCGUUGAAGAAGCGCUGGGAGCAAGCAGGGAACGGCAGCCGGCAGGACAAGACUCCAUUCAUCUCGGCGCCCAUAAACAAUCAAAGCACAUUUCCUGUCGUGGGUAGAGCGGCUUCCGUCAGCGAGCCACCCCGUUCAAAGAGCCCAGUGGUCUGGCGGCCUCCUCGAGAAGAUCCGCCUAGCAUCCCUGUCAGCGAUCCAGUCUUCACGCCCCCAGCGUCUCCACGAGCGGAAGAUCGGAGUGGGAUGGACAAAGCUGCGCCGAUGUACAGCGAAGCACUCGAAAAGCCUGACGAACAAGUUCCGACCAGCCCCCGUGCCUCCCAUGAACAGCAAAAAGUGCCACUCAACAAUCUGAAGAUGAAGUUUGAGAAGACAGACGACACCUCACUCAAGGAUUACAGGUCGACUAGACAAAGUGCCUCGUCGGAAGACAUGGAGCAAACAUCUGUGUGUGACCGCGUGCUGGAGAAGACGUCACUGAGGGAGAAGCUGGCCAAAUACUCUGCUGCUGUGUCCAAACAAAGCAACACGAAAUCUGCUGUGACCCCAGAGGUGCUUCCCUCCAAAAUAUCUCUAUCUGCAAUUCAGAAAGUGAUACCUGGAACCGAGUGCAAUGGUGAUGGCACCAGUGAGAUCUCAAAACCAUCCAGGAAGUUCUGCCCUCCAGCCAAGGAGACUUGCUUUGCUUGUCAGAAGACGGUGUAUCCUCUGGAGAGAUUGGCGGCUCUUCAGCACAUCUACCACAAAAGUUGCUUCCGCUGUGUCCAUUGCAGCACAAAGCUCAGCCUAGGCAACUUUGCCUCCCUGCACGGCAACGUGUACUGCAAGCCUCAUUUCAGUCAACUGUUUAAAGCCAAGGGCAAUUAUGACGAGGGCUUCGGCCACCGGCCUCACAAGGAGCUGUGGGCGCCUCGCAAGGACGGAGAAGAGGGCGAAGAGGAGGUGGCAAAGUCCCCAGAGCAACUAUUGGAAGCGGCAAGGAGGAGAACCGAGUCAAUCGAGAGCAUGCCGGACAAGCAACUGACCCCGACUUCUGAAGAAGCAUCACCGGCAGUCAAAGUCACCGACCUCGCCGCCCAUCUGGAAACUCGGAUGCAUACGGCCGCCAGCUCUGCGGAGAAGCCGGCCGAGACCCGCAGGUUGAGGAUCGCCUGGCCGCCCCCCGCCGGCGAGUCCGCCCUCGGCGCAGGCUUGCGCAGCCCGGCCUUCGAGGGGAGCACCGCGGGACGAGCCUGGAGGGCCAAGUGGCCCCCGGAGGACGAUUCUCUGUCCUCGGCUUCGUCAUCUCACAGCGUCGAGCGUGCGGAAUUGACGAGCUUGAGGAGGAGCUCUUCCCUAAGGGAGCGCUGUCGGCCCUUCACGGCUGCCCAGCCGAGCCUGGAAGCCACCGCCAUUCCCAGGGAGCCUCGCCGGCCUCUCAAGGCGCUAGAGCAAUGGAGAGAGUCCCUGGAGGAAAAAAGCUCAUCUCAAGAAAGAAAGGCAGACGAGAAAGUGGAGGAGCUACUGAGGAAGAGAGAGGAGAGUGAAAAGCAAAUCGCUAGGGAAGUAGUCAGUCAAAGCAGCCUGGAUGAUGUCACGGAGACCGACCAUCAAUACGGUGAACCCGCACAGGAAGGAAGCCCACUGGCUAAUAACCGCUCCCGGAGCAUCUCUCCUGACAUCUCGGCGUCCCCAUCACCGCCCGCGCAGCCCAAACAGAAUCGCACCUUACAGGACGUCGGCUUCUGGGACGAGGAUAAAGCCGAGAGCGACGCAGAGGAUAAAGCCGAGAGCGACGCAGAGGAUAAAGUCGAGAGCGACGCAGAGGAUAAAGUCGAGAGCGACGCAGAGGAUAGAGUCGAGAGCGACGCAGAGGAUAGAGUCGAGAGCGACGCAGAGGAUAGAGUCGAGAGCGACGCAGAGGAUAGAGUCGAGAGCGACGCAGAGGAGCUGACGGCGGAAGACAUCAUCAAAAAGAACCGUCACUACGACGACGAUGAAAACUGAGCAUCUCAUCAACAUUAACCUAAUUUGUCUUCAGCAUCGUGCAACAGCUGCCUCUUAUUUCUGAAGUUAAGGCUUUCAUUUUGGUUUUACUUUUGUCAAUUGUUUGUCAGUUGGUUAAGAGAACUCCUGAAUAUACUUUGAGAGGAGUCAGAUAUCUCAUUUUCUUUUCCUACUAUACUAAAGGCAAUAAUUAAAUGACUGGACACGAAACUUCUCAGGUAAACAAAGACAAAAACAAAUGGGCAGCUGCUCUGACAAGCCUUUAUUUUUGCUGAACACCUUAAUAGAAACUGGAAUUGCCAUAUUAGCCUUAUUGAGAUCCAAAGAGAGUUAAUGUCACAUUGGUGUAAAUGUUAUUUUUAGCCUUUGAGAAUGAAUCUGACAAAUUGUUCUUACUGCCAGACAUUGAGAAAGUGCUCCUGAUUAAUAUAUUUUCAGAUUUUUUUCCCCCUUCAUAAUUGAUUUAUGUGAGGUAAACAAUAUUUUCCAAUGUUUCAAACCAGAUUUGGCUUUAUUACUUUAAAUUUGUAUAACAGAUUCCACUUAAGUUAGUAUUGUUUUAUGUUCAAGAAUAAUAAAAUAUUAAAAGGCAA